AUGGCCAACAAGUCCGAGUUUGCGCCUGGUGAGGAAACCACCACGCCUCAGACCUUGGGCGACGACGAGGCUCAAGUUCAGACUCACACGGCAGAGGAUGAAAAGAGGCUCGUGAUGAAGCUGGACUUUUACAUCAUCCCUCUCGUUAUGGUCCUUUACCUCUUUAGUUUCCUCGACAGAGUCAACAUUGGUAAUGCGAGGUUGUACGGUCUCGAAGAGGAUCUGAACCUCUCUUCGGAGCAGUUUCAGGUUGCCGUGUCCAUCCUGUUUGUCACGUAUCUGCUCUUCGAGGUUCCUUCCAACCUUGUCUUGAAGCUCUUUACUCCUCGACGUUGGAUCGCUUUCAUUGCUGCUGCGUGGGGACUCAUCGCCACACUCAUGGGUCUGGUCAACUCAUAUGGCGCCCUUAUCGCUUGCCGUCUUUUGCUCGGAGCUGUCGAGGCCGGUCUGUUUCCUGGUUUGACCGUUUACCUGACCUUCUUUUACACCAAGCAAGAACUCGCCCUGCGCGUGGGAUACCUCUUUGUCAGUGCCGCCGUCGCGGGUGCACUCGGUGGUCUGCUAGCGUAUGGCAUCGGCCACAUGGACGGUCUGCACGGCAUGAGCGGAUGGCGCUGGAUCAUGAUCAUUGAGGGCAUCCCGAGUUUCCUGGUCGGCAUCGUGACGUACUUUGCGCUGCCCAACGAUGCCGACACGGCCUACUUCCUCGACGACAAGGAGAGGAAGCUGAUGCGAGUGAGGCAUGCGCGUGAUCUAGCCGUGAGUUUAGCAAGGCGGAUAUGCUCUGCGCUUUCAAGGACUGGAAGGUGCUUUUCGACUUUCCUCCCCACCAUCAUCAAGGAUCUUGGUGACUGGACGGUUGCUGAGACUCAGCUCCUUACUGUGCCGUGCUACUUCCUUGGCGCAGCGGCAUAUAUGACGACGGCCUAUCUCUCGGACCGUAUGCAGCGCCGUGGGCUGUUCUGCGUCAUCUUUGGUCUCAUCAGCGUUGUUGGAUACGCCGUGUUGUUGGCGGACGUUGCCUCGGGUGUUCAUUACUUUGGAUGUUUCCUCGUUGCGGGUGGACUGUAUGUUGUUGUUGGUCUGCCACUGGCUUGGUUGCCGACAAACUCGCCACGGUAUGGAAAGCGUACGACUGGGACGGGUAUGCAGUUGACCUGGGGAAACGCGGCGGGCAUCAUGUCUGCUUUUAUCUACCCUGCCAAGGACAAGCCCCGUUACACUCGUGGUCACGCCGUGACGCUCAGCAUGGUGGCUCUCGGAACCAUCAUCUACGGAUUUCUUUGGUGGUGGUACAAGCGGGUGAACGAGCAGCGUCAAGCUGGCGUUAUGAAGGAUAAGCAUCGAAACAUGCGUGAGGAUGAGCUGGCAGAGCUUGGUGAUGAGAGUCCACGCUACAGGUAUACCAUUUGA